AUGGGCUCCAGGAGGCUGAGCCCACCCACCCAAUCUGCACCUUCUGGGAAUCUAGCUCAAGUGUCUUACCGCUACUGCGGUUCCUCCUUUGAUCACCAAGAACCCAGAACGGAAUGCGGAGGAUUGAAUUCCAAGCCCUUCCCCGCGGCGGGGCCGGAGGGAGGGCAGUGGGAGGCCAUGCGGGCUCUCGGGUGCCCCCUACCGAGCGUCCUUGUCCCUUCGGCGCGGACGCCGGCCUGGCCGCGGCUGGCGCAGUGGUCCAGGCCUGCUGAGGACUCCGGGGGCUGCCGGCAGCCCGGCCCUUUGCGCUCUUACAGCAUCCGGGGACACGGAGCGGAGGGCAAGGACAGACUGGACCCUCGGAGCUCACGCUGUAGUUCUGGGUGGUUCGCCACCCACUCCGAGGCUCAGGUUCCUCACCAAAGGAACCCUUGA